AUGUCAGCUCCGGCCAAACUGGCCAACAAAGUGUUGUACUUAUUUCUCAGACGAGGUGUUUUUAUGACAACGAUUAUCACCAGAACGUUUAAACAUAUGCUAAAUGGAAGCACGAGUGAAUUGGCAAUAAUCACUGAUAUAAAUGCAGCUGAUGUUUCGCUGUUAAGAUAGCUUGGUUGCCAUCCUUGCAUACCCAGCUUUUUAUGUGAAUCACAACCGCUGUGUACUUUUGAUGACUCGACGGAAAAGUUCAUUUCUAAUUCCAAACAAGAUGUUGUUUCUAACAGACUGGUUUGCAAGGAUCUUUGUUUUAGCCCGUGGCAGCAAAACCAUAAACCCAAGAAAUCCACGCGAAGACGAUCGAUAAUUCGACUGAACGAGUUAAGUUGGAGUCUGUCACUUUUAUCGGAUUUUAACAAAACCUGGUAAUAAAAGAACUCAUUAUCGUCUCCUUGGUAACUAGAACAGCUGCAAUAUGAAGAGAAAUGACAAUCAUGUAGCUAUAAAAAAAGUGACUUGAAAGGGUUUACAUUUGAACAAAGUAGUUUCAAAUGGCUUUCUCUUAAAAUUGUAUUUCCACCAAUAUUUCGUAAGUUAUAUUAAGGGAUUAGUGUACGUUUUGCUUCUAAUCACAACCAUUUCCACAGAUUAUAAUCCAGCAAACCUGGAAAACCAACAAAUUUAUUAAAUCAAUAAUUAUUCGCAAUUAACUGCACUCUUGAAUUUUCAAUGAAGAAAACCCAAUGUCAUCUGCCAUGCAUGUGCAAUUAAAUCAAAAGCCAAUUGACGUAUCUGACCUUUAUGUUAAAUUUCACUCUUUUUUCAGCUUUACUGUCUGCAUUGUAAGUUAAUCAAAAUUUAAAAAAUUGUCAAGGCAUUUCUGUUGGUAAUUGUUGUGAUAUUAUUGCGUUCAACGAAGGAGAACGCAAUCUAUUCUUCAAGGCGCGGUUACCAAUUUCGUUGCGCGGCUACAGAGCAUCAGUAGAGGCGCUUUCUGUCAGAUUCUUCACACUCCUUUGGUUGGUCACAUAUUUGUGCCGUUUUCGUCGCCAUUUUGAACUUCACGCUAUGACGUAAUGCGCACGCACAAUCUCAUUGUCACGGGGUCAAUUGCUUCUCCAACGCAAAGUGCUCCAAAGCAAAGUGUGACGAGGACCACAGCUGUUUCUCUUGAUUUCGCGGUCCAGAGUUUUUGAUGUAAGAUUAUGAAUCAUUUUGUAAAUUUCACAGGACGAUAAGAUAGUCAUGUGGACUCUGGACUCUCUUUUAACUUUUCUCAGCACACGACUCCCAAUCUCAUGGUUUGUAGCGAAAUAUCAUUCUGAAAUGAAAUGUUUCUUUGUUCAGUAAAAACGGAAAUGCUUACUCACUGUUGCUGAAUCGUAAUUAAUUCUCCCCAUGUGAAACCCCGAGAAUUGCAGUGUAAAACCUUCAGCAAGAGACUUCGCGACGGUUUUGCGAGACACCUGUCGGCCAUAAUGUUCUUCAAAUGCGACGAAGUGAGUUAACGUACAGAUUUUACUGCCAAUUAAAACCCUGCUUGUUUUCCUCGAAUAUAUCUAUCAAUUCUUCAUAAAGUUUAAACAGCGUCCACCGGCAUAGUAGGCCAUUUGUACUAAGAGGUCAUGUGACAUCGUUUUAAUGAAAAUGCCGGAAAGUUAGUAACGAUUUUGCUUUCGAAAAAUGAUUAGUGGGUCAUGUCUUAAACAAAAUAAUAGUGAUUUGGUUUUUCAAACCCGAACUAUUUUCUUAAAAUGAUUAACAUCGUAGCAGGUCACCAAAAUGUGAUUUUUAAAAUUAUGAAUUAUGCUCUACUUUCGAGAUCGGCGCGGCACAGCCAUUCUUGUGUUUGAACAGAGGCCUUAUGCCGAUAGCUCUUUAUGGCGCCCCAAAAGCUAUAUAUUGUGUGAAUAUUUAACAAUUAUUCGCCGAAGGCGAAGUUAAUAUUGUUGAAUUAUCCCCGAGACGAAGUCGAGGGGAUUAUUCAACAAUAUUAACUGAGCCUGAGGUGAAUAAUUGUUUUAGAAUAUUCACACGAAGUGAUCUCAACAGAAUCAGAAAGGAAACCAUUAAAAAACCAUUAGUUUGAUUGACGGGUGAAAAUUCAUGCGUGAACACGAAGCCGUAAACAGUGGAUGCGCAAAAGUUAGAUCUUUACAGUAUCUUCAAACAUGGCAAAUGAUAGUUUUAAUCCUUUUGUAUCGAGUUUUGUAAGCUUUAGCAUCAACGGUUUAAAAGAAAACGCCGAAAAUUUAAAUUACUACCCAAUUCUGAGAAGAAAAGUAUCUAGAGCUUUAUUUGUUUCUGUCAACUCACCGUGAAUGAGAAAGUUUUCUUCGUCGCUUCUUGCAAAUGCUGUCAACAGCGGCUGCGAUCAAGGUAAGCGUUGUUUAUCUCCAAAGUUCUUUGCCUUGUUAACUUGCUGGCACGUACAAUUUUCGAAAAUAUUUGCCUUCCUCUCUUCUCCAUAAAUUAACCUCUAUUUAUAGGCAAAAUUGGUCUUGCGAGAAAAUCCCGAAAUCACAAAACAGUGACAAAGCGACCUCGUUUUCCUCUGUAGUGGUAAACAUAGCUUCGAGCGUACAAAAAGUCAGCUAAAGUAAACCACUUCACAAUAAAUCACGCUGUUUAAACACCAUGAAGUCUUUUCUUGCCUUCAAAGUCAUCAGCACUUGGAUAUUCGUGUAUUUUCAAACAGGUUUUACUUUGAAACUUUGGCAAAACACCCAGUUCACGACAGCGAUUUUGCUCGGCUUUAUAUUCACCGCCUAGCGCGGUGAAUAUAACGUCAUAGUCCGAGAUAGCUAACCAAUCAGAUUGCUUGAAUUACCAAGAUCACUGAGUGUGUAUAUACUAAAGCCUUAAUAACUACUUGAUAGCCAAAAAAAAAAACAAACCAGCAGACAAGCAGACAAACAGACAAUCCACUUCAACCUAAAACCUUCAGAAGUAAACUCCGGCUUAAUAUUGUGAUUCCCACAUAAGUUCAGUAACAUCCGUAAACCUGGAGAAGGAUGGUAUGGCCAGCCGAAAUAUUGUCAGUGUAAAAAACAAGACACGUUGUUUUAAAUCAGCUUUGCAGUAGUCUUUGGACUUCUCGUUCUUGGUUCCGGCUUAAACCCUUUUUGUGCUUGUUGAGUGACAUAAAGUACUCUUAAAACGUUUUUAGUACUCCUCACUCGAUAUGUAAAUGUUUUAUACUUAUUAUUGUUUCAGUUUUUGAGAGCUAUUUCCCACCUUCCUGAACCCAAGGAGGUAGCUUUAGUUUCAUUUCAGGGGUAAGUCUGCUUUAUAUUGUUUUACGUUAAGUUAUCGAUUUUUUUUUAUCUUAUUUCAUAUGUUUAACACUUAUAAUACAAAUAAUUAUUCGGUUGAAAUGUAAUACGAAAAAGGACAACAAAGAACUUUGAGCCUCACAACCGAUAAGAUAACCUCUUUAUAUUUGUGGUAAACUUAGACAUCGCCAGCGGUUGAGAACGAUAUAUUGCCGUCUUCUGGUAACCAUUAAAACAAUUGGGUGAUUCUCUUAUGGUUGAAUACAGUUGAUCAUGGUAUCUUGCGUCGCUGUGGCUUGCAGGGUAAAUUUCUAGACUGGUUUAAUGCCUACCUAGAAAACCGUACCCAGGCUAUAAUCGAUGAUGGUGCAUCUGGGUCACGCCCUUAGAUUGUAAAGUUUCCCGGGGAUCUAUCCUGGCCCCGCUACUGUAUUUGAUGAAUGCCCCACUUGGGGGAAUCUCUACGCAAGCAUGAGUUGACAAUUCAUCUAUAUACAGAUAGCAAAUCUGUGUACACUACUUUUUAGUUGUCAGGGCAAGUGAUCGGGGAAAUAUGAUAACAUCAUCCAGAUCACUCUGUUUUAAAAGAACUGUACUGGCUGCUGGCAAGUACUAUCUCAUUAUUUAAAUGUAAACAAAAUUUAUCAACUGCUUUCUUGAUUGAGUUAUAAAGUAAAGAGUUAUAUUAAGCUGGCAAGUACACUGGGCUCUUCUUUUUUUGUUUUUUGUUGUUUGUUUUCUCUUUUUUGUACAAUGGUUAUCAUAUUUAUUAUAAGUAGUAAUCAAAUGGAAAAAUUAUCAGCAUUAAUUUAAAAGAGUAUCAGUAUUUAGUAAAAUUAACUUUUAACAGCUUAGAACUCCCAAGUAUAAGAGCUAUGGAAUACAAUAUUUUUUCUUAUUAAUGACGAAAGCAGAAGAUCUGCGUUGAAAUGUGGCUUGAAUUUACCUGAAAUGAAAUAUAAAGAGAAAUGUCAAAUUUCAUUGGUUGGAAAGAUAGUACUACGAUAUUGAAAAGAUUCUGCAUGCUGUUAAGAAGUCAAAUUGCCUCGUUCAUUUUCUCUCGGUAAACAUUUGGAACUCUCUCAGUACCAACGAGAGGAACAGUUAAUCGCUAUCAAGUUUUAAGCGAAUUAUGUACCAGACUGUGAGUUUUAUUUUGACCGAUUUAUGUUUGAUUUUUAAAAAGAUAAUUUUGGAUAUUGUUGUAGAAUAAGUAUAUAUACGUAUGAUUACAUCUUUUACCUAAUAACACCGUCCGUCAGUUUGUUUUUUUUUUUCCCCUUUUUCGUUAUCAUUUGUAAAUCAACUCUGAAAUCAGUAACGCUGACUGUUAGCACUGUUCUUAAGAUGACAACUGACUGUGAAACCUCGUUUUAGACCGCAAAACCUUGUUGCACGCUUCCAGCUCAGAAUUCCUUACUUCGAAAACUUACAGCUUCAAGUGAGACUACGAACGUUUAUAACUGGAAACAACAGGCAGAAUGGAUCUCUGCUUAUAGACCUUGACUCCUUUACAGUAAUCCAAGAACCAGGUAAAGUUAAACUAAACUUUUAUUGUUAGUUACAUUUUUUUAAAAGUUUUGGCAUUGUGAGACUCUUUUAAAUCGAAACACAGGCUAACAGCGGGAGUCGUCCAGGAAGGAAUAUACCUGGGAUAGAAAAUCAUCGGCAAAAAUUUUGAAGACCACAACGGGUUUAUUGUGCUACGCUCGUCAUACGGUGAAUACUAAAUCAUUAUCACAAAAACGCUCGCUGCCUGCUUUGUUAGCUAUGAGACUCUUAGAUAACACGUGGAGUGUAGAAGGAGAACAAAUACGAGCCUCAUGGCUUGCCACACGAGUUAAUCAGAUAAUAUUUGUCAUUUUCUACAAAAUUUGGAGGGUUUGCCUGUGAAGGGUGCUAGUUAAAUUUUGGUGAACUGAGUGGACAGUUAUAUAUGUCUCGAAGUAAUCACAUCAACUAAAAUUCAUGCAAAUGAAACGUCUAUUUUGUCGUCCAAUAGACCUUACCAAUGUUACUAUAACAACACAUUUUUCGGAACAAGCUGGUACUAAGAUGGCUGCCUACUGCUCGGCGAUCGGACCUUCUGCUUUGACAUUUUCAUGGAAACGGAACCACGUGACCUUGAAGUCUUCCUACUGGGUGAAAAUCGAACAGCAUAACAGUACAUGCUCAGUGUUAACAAUAAGAAUGAUGGGAAAGGCAGACUCUGGAAGUUACACUUGCAAUGUCAGGUUAGGAGAUAAAUUUGUAUCAUCGUCAGCAUCAUAUAAUUAUUAUCAUCAUCAUCAUCAUCAUCACCAUUCUUGCAUUAACAUGAACUUGUUGCUUCGUUGUCACGGUAGGACUGUUGAACAUUGUUUAGUUUAAGCUUGUUAAUGCGCAAGUGAUACAGAAUGUUGCAUUUGCACCUUUCGAUGAAAUUUCAAUCAAUUAUAGCCACCCGAGUGACUUGUAAAGUGAGAAUAUUCUGAAAACAACGAGACGAGCAAAUCGAAGCACUGUCGCUCGUGUGGUAACCAGCAACAUUUUUCUUAGAUGUCCGACGAAACAUAAAAAUAGAACCUCGCUAUCCGUUGUUUUUUGCCUCAGUGCAUUUGUGUUAAGCAUGGUCGUUGCGCACUUCGGGACACGUUGAUUGCACGACAAAAAUUACAUCAUCUGUCCAAGCUAAAGAAAUUGCACGUGUACCCUGCCUUAUAUGCUCUAUCUAUACAUCAAGGCAGCUUCAAUUGAAUCAAAUUUGGGGUGCUUCAAUUAUAAUUUGUCGUACUUACUGACUCUGGCUCUUUUACUGAUACAAGUGUGAGAACUGUGCAACUAGGCUAAUUCUUCUCCACUAAGCAGUACAUUCAUAUGUGUUUUUUGUGGCUAAAAUCGACACCGAACUGAUUCGAAAUGACUUAAGGGAGCAAUGUCAAGAAAUGUAUCAAAAUUCAAUCAGUGGACACUGCCAUCAAACUGAGUCAAACAAGAAUAACCGUUCAGAACCUUAAAAGAAAGUAUGAAUAACACAGCCUGGAAAACAUGGAUGGAUGGAUGGACGGUCCAUCCGCGCCAGCUAGCUUAAUGUAUGUAAAGUUUGGCAAACUUGGAGAAGAUUGAAACGGAUUGCUAUUGUGGUUUUUGAAAACGACUUGGCCUAAACGUUGUACCAUAGUUCGUUUUUAUUGUUUGUAACGUGUGAAAUAAUGAAUGGGAGACAUAUUUGUUUAACACCACGCUGUGAUCUUGUCAUUCAUAAGGGGGUGAAGUUAUCACUUUGAAAUGAUGCCUACUUAAAAUUAUGAACAAAAUGAACUGGCCAGCCGUGAAACAGCCCCUUCAAUGAUGGACCAGCAUUUCAUCCAAGAAUCACUGUUAGGUUCUUAGAUGUUUGAAAACAGUGUCAAGCCCCGGGUGCGCUGGUAUGGGGCUCCUACUACUACUUUGAAUUCCUGAUUUCCUUAACAACCUUGACCUUCCUUUACGGAAUAACGAAUAAAAAGCUAAUAAUUUUCGAUGUCUUUUGAAAAUUUUUUAAAGUGAUAACUUUCCUUUCAUUUCAGUAUAUCUAAGUCAAGUCGACAUGAAACGGUAUUCGUGAAUGUUUCUGAGCCACCUGAAGUAAGAAUCAGACCUCUUAUAAAGACAUCGUUUCAAGGUAGGUUAAUGUAUCAACGACAACGGACGUGGAUGAAAUAAUCAGAUUCUAGCCUGCAGUGCAGGCGUUUUCUUUGAGUGUGCAAUUUGCUCGCGAAAGCGUCAUGUUGAAACUUCCCGCAGAGAGGAGGAGAUGGGGCAAGUCAAAGGGAGCGGGGAGAGGGCGGUUUUUUUUGCAGCUUAAACGACCACAACUUGGCAGCCAGUACCUUGUUGAUGAAUUAGAUGUAAAGAAAAAAUAGAUACAAGACUAUCCGUAAAGCUACACUAAAAUCAGGAUAGAUCCAAGGACGGAGGCGUCAACAGCAACUUUUUUGUUCACCCAAAUAACUGACGCCCGAUUUAUUAAUUUUUACGUUACAGUAGCCGUGAAGGUUGAUGAUUAGCAACUUGACAGUUUGCGCGCAGUAAAUGGAAGUAACAGUUGCACUGAAUUGCUGAAAGUUUAGGAAUAAAUUAUCAUCUGCUUUCUCCUUAGGAGAAAGUUACACAUUUCAUUGUUAUUUGUUACGUGGUAACAUCUCAAGUCUUAAGGUCUCCUGGUACGAAAGGAAGAAAAACAGUCAAGAAAAACUCAUCAGUGGCAACAAUGAUUCACUAACGCUUACAGUUCAAGGAAACAUGCCAGAGGAUGAACGGAGUCACGUGUUGUACUACAGAUGCGAUGUCAGAAACUCCGAUGGAACUAGUUCCAGUCCUUCAGCAAAACUUGUUAUACUAUGUAAAGGUAAAAUAAAAAGAAAGUUUCGCAGUUUCAGGAUUAAGGUGACCAAAAUAGAAAUUCAAUACAUAAAAUUCCCUUCUUUCAUCAGUUUAUAGAAUAUUACAAGACAAAUAACAGAGAGAAUGUGAGAAUGUUGCAAAAUAAUGAAGUUUCAUUUUACUUGGCAGACCAUCGAUUUAAAGCCAAGAGGCGAUGGAGGGGCUUUCUUAUUACGUUUCUGGUUUUCAUUGGGGAGAUGAAAGGGUACUUUCAAGGAAACCACCCGAAAUGCAACCAAACAAGCUAGAUGAUAUUUUUCAACUUUGCUGAAACGUUAACUAUAAACUCACAAAACGCCUUGCUAUUUUUAACCUUAAUAUUUUGUGAAGAUGAACGUGAUUCGACUUUGGUGCUUACUUGCGUAUUCUCUUCUAAACACAAGUGAAUACGGAGCCUCGGUUUUAUUAAGAGUAGCACAGAUUGGUUGACUGCACAAGGUAUUACUAAUUAAAACGAAAUUUGUACUGGAGUUAAAGUUUGUUCGAUCGGAGUUUUUUUUUUUUUUCAGUUUCGAAAUAGAAUCAGUAAGUAAAAUAAGAGAUGCCCUCCAUGGUUUCUCGUGGUUUGAUGCUUUGUGUAUUUGGCUUUGUGUUUGUUGUUGUUUUUGAUUAUUUGUUUGUUUGUUUGUUUUUUUUGUCUUACCCAAGGAGCAGUAUUUUGUCCUAGUGAAUCAUUUUCUGGAAUCACUUGGUCAAUGACGGCCCCUGGAAUGAGUGACAUUCAAAGAUGUCCUAAUGCUACUGGUAAGGUAACAGUACAAUACAAGAAACUGUAAUGAGAUGUAAUGAACUGUGAUGAACUGUAAUGUAAUGAGAUGCCUUGAUCUUUAUUUACCUUAUUUUUAUUUAUGCUAGAUUUUUAUAAGAAAAGCUUAAAAUUCUUUUGAAAGGUAUAAUUUAUAUAGAGGACCAACUUACAACAAAAAUCUUCCUUUAGUUUGUUAUCUUUCCUAAAAGUUUUUUGUUUCCUUGGUUUUCUUUCCAAUACAGGUCUUUCGGUAAGAUCUUGUGUCAUCACCGACUCUAAAAAAGCCGUAUGGGGCCAAGUCGACUUCUCAGAUUGCAUGAACCUUGAAAUCAGGAAAAUAUAUGCUGACGUGAGUAGAAACGUAAACUAUUUAUUUAUUUAUUUAUUUAUUUAUUUAUUUAUAAACUUCGCCAAAAGGCCUGAAUCACUCAUAGAGCAAGCUCCACUACGAGGUCCAGAAAAAAGAGAAAAGAAAAUUAGUAAUACAACUAACAAGAAUGACAAUACUUUAGAAACGACAAAAAAAGCGGAAAUGCAAAACCAGAAUUGGGGAGGACAUCGAUAAAAAAUGAACAACACAUACGAUCGAGCAAGCUGUUCAGUAGCCGACUAGUGUCAUCGACAUCACAAACAGACUUAGUGAGAUACAAGUAGUUACUAAAAAGAUCUUUCUUAAAGUAGGCUACUGAACAGUCAGUGUUCCAGAGGUGGGCUGGUAAGGUAUUCCAUCAGAUUCUUGGGGCUCUACAGUAAAAGCUGUUCUCAAAGGUGACGGUGUCGGCCCUAAUCGGAUUCAACAUCUCUUACUUUUUUUAUACAAGGUUUCAUAAAUUGAGCUUUAUAGUCAAGCACGUAGCCUGUUCAUGGACCUCUUGUUUUCUUUUUAGAGAUUGUUGAGCGCGCUUAUGAGAUAAAAAUCGUUGGAAAGAGAAACGUCUGUGGACAGACUAGAUUGUCAGCAAGAGGGAUAAGUUUAUUUCAUAGCGGGAGGAGUCCCUAACGAGAUGCUCAUAAAAAUCCAUGUAAUUUUCACUACUUAAAAUGAAAUCAUGCUUGCCAAUCCGUGGGUGUAAUAAUGCUUGUUGCUUACGAUUUUUUUUCCUUGUCUUCUCCAAAGGUUGUAGCAUUUACAGAUGGAUACGCAGUGAACACGACAUUGAGUUCCAUACUCCAGGACUUAGAAAACAUAACGGCAACCUACAGUGUUCCUAAAGGAAAUAAAUCAAGUCAGAUGUACCAAAGAGAUAUGAAGACUUCUGUAGAUGCUUUGACGAGGCUGAUAAAAUACAACGCUGUAAACAAAGACAAAGCCCUCAGCAAUCAAAAAGAUAUCAACAACCUGGUGAAGGCUUCUAGCAAUCUGCUGAGAAUAAGCAAUUUACCCGCUUGGAAAAAUUCGCUUGAGGUAAACACAAUUCAUUUUCAUUGACUUUUAGGAGCUAUGUCACGAUUUUUUGGUAUAUUUUAAAACCCUAAAAACAUAUUUUGAUUUAAGGAUGUCCGAAGCUAUUUAUAAUCGCUUUGGUUAUGUUUUUGGAGCGCGUUUUUCGGCACGAACGAUUUAACCGAUUUCUAAUAUUUUUGGCAUCCUUAGUAAAGAAUGGGGGUGUGACUUUAAGAAAAUGUUAUUUUACAUUUUCUUGUAGGUUAUAAAACGCGCGAGAUAUCGGCAUCUUUUUAAAACCGCAUUUUUACAAAGAAUGUCAUUCAAUAACUUCGAAAUCCCACGACAGAUUUUUCUCCAACUUCAGCAAAUAAGUCUCAGAGCUGUCUAGUUUUAUAACUGCAAGUUUCAAGUCAAUCGAGACUGUACAAAAUGCUGGUCAAAUUUAACCUUAAAAUGCAACGCUAACACAUUUUAUGAAAAUUGACGCACAAAUAGGGGAUGCGUGCCGACAGACUAUCUUCUAUCUGCAUGCAAGGAUAUUCUUACCCAAAGCCUUAUUGCAAGAAACUGAGUAAUCAGAAAUUCACGGCAAAUACAGUUCGCAAUACAAGAAGAACAACUUUAUGCUGAAACUCCUGUGACCAAAAACCAGUCAUGCCUUUUUUUCCCUUUGAUAUAAUUAUCUUUUAUCUCUCUUUUAAAGUUUCAGUUAUGAAAAAGAUGAGUGAGAAUACUUACUCACAACUCAGCUUUGACUAAACAAUAGGGAACUAACCAUGACAGUACAGAGCCCCUUUAACAACAAGACUGAUAUAUUGUUUGAAACGAAGAAUGAAAGCAGUUAUACUCAUGUUUUAUGAGAACAAUUAAGAGAGAGAAGUUCCCUUAUUCUACUUGCGCUGUUCUUGGGAAAAAUAAUCCAAAAAUUCGUAGCAAAUAGUGAUGAUCGUCGCUAAUUGCCUUUGUGUUGUGAGAUGUCAAUCAUAUCACGGAUUAAAAAUUGUAACCAUUAAAAUUUCAGACGUUUUCCCUUUUUAUGUCAAUAAAUUUCCCGCUUUUAUAUUUUCAUAAGCGCUCGACAAUGUCUAAAAAACUAAAAAAACACACAUUAUACAUACUCAAGGCUGCACUUGAAAAAGGCACAGUUAUAACCGUCUUUAAAGGGGACGUUUAGAAAACACAGUAGCAAAAUUUCAUGGACACAUGAUUUCAGUAGUAAGCUUUUGUGGUUUCUACUUUUUUCUCAUUACGUCGUAGGUUGAAGGUGACUUAGCGUACCAGAUGGUAUCGGCACUUGAUGAAUACGGACACCAUUCUACGAGCAAGAUAACAGAAAUUCACAUAAAUACUGAAAACAUUGCUUUGUUGGCAGUCAAGGUUCCUGCAAACAGUUCUGUGAGUUGAAAAUGCACAGUAGAUCUAAUACAAUUUAAAAACCUCAUAAAAAAGACAAUGAAACACUGACAAGUUUGAAUUUCCUGUUUCAGCAAGCGUCGUUUAAAUAAAGUUUUGAUAUUGUAUUAGUUCAACCACUGAGUUUUUUAAAGCAUGUAACAUAUCGUUCCUUUCAAUAUUUGUCAAUAUAAUCUAUGCCAGCACUAUCUCCUUGAUUUAACUUAUAUAGGUUACUCGUAUGAUUUCGUUCUUAUGUUUAGUACUUGUUUUCAUGACUGGUUUAUAUCCUGUAGGCGUCUACAAAAGGCCUGAAGAUGACCCAUGGACAAAGUUCCAUUGAUCUUCCGCCGACUCUCUUCGGCCAAACAAAUUACUCGGUCACAGUAGUGGGUGUGUACUUUAAUACUCUGGAUCAGGUUCUGAAAAGCUCAGAUACAUGUGUUACCAUUACGUCUGGUACUUCUUUGAUAAAUGACUCUAACUGGUCAUUUGACUCAAGAGUGGCAUCAAUCACAAUGAGGCCCCGCCCACCUGAGGUUAUCGCACCACCAUUUAAAUUGGUUCUAGAGAAACGCAAGGUACUGGAAUAUUAACUUUGUUUCUAGGGGAAAAAGUCAAAGAUGAUGAAGCUUUUGAUAUAGUAGUGAGGAUCAGAUAAACUGAGAAUACUCUAUUUUUGCUGGCCUAUAUAGUUUGAGAAUCUGGUCUCUGUGUUCCUUCUAUGUUUUGAAGCGUUCACAAUUUUCUGUUAAUUUUGAUUUGAGAUAUAUUUGGUGAUCCCCAAUGAAACAUUACAUAAAAGAAAGUCGUGCUUAGGGUGGUUAGAGCUCGAUAUACAUGCAUACACUUUUUGGAAAAUGUGCAAAACAUAAGCUAGACAAAGUGUUUAGAAUACCAAGGCAAAAAUGGACUAGCGUUUCCCCCAAGAAGAGUUCAAAAUGUUCCUCAUCCUUGAAUUUUCCAUUGCAACUGUCUGCUUAAAAAUUAUUAGAAACUGCAAUUAAUAGAUAUUCGUGAUAAUUUUGUUCUCUUCCAGGUUACUUAUACUGAAGGGGAGAAAAUAUGCGUAUUCAUUAAUAUUAGCGAAUCAAACAUAAAAGCACAAAAGAACGUUUGGUCGUCACGUGGGUGCGAAUUGGUGACCUCGCAAACAAGCAGAACAACUACAACUUGCGCCUGCAAUCACAUGACGUUAUUCGCAGUGCUGAUGGACAGCGGCGGUAACAAGGUAAGUCCCAAGUUAGUCAGGAUGCCGCAGCUUUCUUAAAAAGAAAGUCAAUUAGUCUCGGUGAUACUGCAGGGAAAUCAAGUUGGCAACUAAUGAAAUGGAUUCGAGUAAACCAUCAAAUCUGAAGUCAUUGUAAACAAAAGCAUUUAGUCUCAAUAAAUUUGAGAACUCUUUGCCCCGUACAUUGCCCAGUUCAUAAAAGGCCGAUUAGUACAAACUCACAGAGCUAAAAUUUUAACCCCAAAAUGUUUUUUUUAGGACUUAAAGGCUGCUUAUAGCCUGUCAUCCUUGAUUAACAUAUAACAGCGUUAGUCUUAGAAAAGGCUCAGAGAUAUUUCGUCAAAUGUAUACGUGUUUAUGUUCCUUUCCUAAAUUAACCUUCAGUUAAAGUUACCCCCACUCAGGCCAGAUAUAUGCGUUCAAACGGUAAUCCAUACAUCAACAUCUUAUUCUGUCCUUUCAUCACUUUCCCUUCUUCUUUGAUCUUUGGUGAUUACUAUUCAAUUCUAGAUAACAGAUGCCAGCCACCGAACCGCUCUCUCCUGGAUCUCUGUAGUUGGCUGUUUUUUGUCUUUGGUAGGAAUAAUGGUCACCUUGUUUGUCACGUUCCUUUUCUGGAAGAAGUUGCGCUCCCCAAGAACCGUUGUUCUUGUCAAUCUCUGCGUUGCCAUAGCGGUAACAGACGUGCUCAUCAUUACCAUGGAGACUGCCGAAAUAGAAAACCAGGUUGGUUUUGCAAAGCUAGUAAUCACUGAUUGGCAUUGCCUUGUCUUUUGAAAAGGUUGGAAAUAAACUUGCUUCUAGACUAAAAGCCGGGAUCAUUUCUGGCAGGACUUUUACCAAUUGCAAACUCUUGAAAGCCUAACCUGAGGGUCUCCGAUAGGGUUCUUCAAUCCCGCGAGAAUCCCGAUGGUUACUUUCGGGAUCCCGCAUCCCAUGUACACUUUCAUUUCCGAAUAUCGGCCUUCAAAUGGCAAAUUCCGCAACCAGAAAAACUUAUUGCGGACCCUCUAGCCAGCCCAGACGGGGAAGGGAAAAUCGAGAGGGUGCGAAUGCUAAGGGUACACAAGGAAGGCUGAACGAGGGCAGGGAAACUUUGCUUCCAAUUCCUUUCUCGUGUCCCUCUUCCCUCUCGUACUCGUACGUUGUUGCUCAGUUCCGUCUCUACCCUUCUCUUUAGAAACAUUUGCCACGAAGUUUAAGAUAACGCUUGUACGUUGUACAUAGAGUCUGUACAGUUACACAGGCCAGUAACCUAACAGAUUUUUUUCACACAGUAAGCAAAUUAAGCCAGAUUUUUCUUCUUUUAAUGUUAAAUCAUGUUGCAGUUAGUUAGUUUGCUUGUUUGUUUGUUUGUUUUCUUUUUUUUUUCACUCUAAGGGACCAAGAAUCCGGUUUGCUUUAACGCCCAAACUACUGAAUUUUUUCUUACAGACCAGUUGUACGGUGCUAGCAGUAUUCCUUCACUUCUUUAUUCUGUCCAUUUUCUGUUGGAUGUUAUCUGAGGGCAUACAGCUGUAUUUCUCCCUAGUCAAAGUUAUUGGAGUCACAUACUUUAUAAACAUCAAAUUUUUCUACAGUCUGGGCUGGGGUAAGCUUUAUUGUUUAGUUAAUGUUUCAGUACAGAUCCAACAAAAACUUUCUUUUUUAAUCAAUAUUUUGAUUUCAAAAAGUCUUAAACUCAAGUGAAUUGUUCAAUAAUAUUAAAACCGUUCUAUGCGCUAAAAAGCAAAAAGAAAAACUUGAUUCAAUAUUAGCUUAUACUUAUGGUUAAAGUUUGAAGAAAACUCAAAACCUGUUCUCAGUUUCCAAGUCCAUUAUUAAUCAUUUUUCCAGGUUUUCCAGCUCUAGUCGUGUCAGCUUCCUUGGCAGCUACACAAGGUCGAGGGUACGCUGAUAUAAACACGUGCUGGCUGAGUCCACACAAUCACGUGCUUUGGGCAUUUGUGGCGCCGGCACUUCUCAUUGUCAGCGUAAGUUAAAACAAUUUUAAGAAUUUUUGACAAAUGGAUAUAGGAUACAGAACAUGGAUGUUCUAAUAUUCCUCCCGAAAUCCUCUAUAAACAGCCGGAAUAUUGAAAAGCUUUAUUUCGACAGUCCUCUCAAGCAACACGAAAAUAAUCACAAAGAACAAAAGUCGAACUCGAAGUGCGAGGUCAAGUCCGGAAAGGUCAUUUUUUUUUCAAUUACAAAUAAAGGCUAAUUGUAACAAAAAUCUCCUUCAAAACUUCUCACAUAAACUCAGAGCCAUAGGGAGCCAUGCUUAGCGGCCUGGCCUUAUAGGUUACGUUAUUCUACCUGACCUCAAAUGGCCGGGAGCUAUUGCAAAAGAACGCUUAACAGAACAGUGGCUAAAAAAAGUAAUGUCAUGUUUCUAUUCCUGAUUAAGAAAUAAUGCAUUUUCAUUUCCGACUUGUCCCUAAGGCAGUAUUUUUUGUUGACAGUAGCAAUCUAAUAAUUUGUCUUAUUCUAGGGAAACAUGGUGGUCUUUGCACUAGUUAUCCACAGUAUGCUAUCAACCCAUCGACUGAGAAACGAACCCCUGGCAAGAAGAUUCCAGCGCGGGCUCAAAGCAUCUUUUGUGCUUUUACCUCUCCUAGGAAUUUCCUGGUCAUUUGGUGUUUUGACAAUGUCGUCAGACAAAAUCAUCUUCAAUUACUUAUUUACGAUCUUUAACUCAUUGCAAGGACUUCUUAUAUUUGUUUUCCAUUGCAUCUUAAACAAGCAGGUACUUGUCAUGUUCUCGUCAAGACUUACGCGAAAACUCCCAAAUAAACCAUAGGAAAAAACAAGGAUCUCUAAUAUAAGAAGGUAGCUUCACCUGAUAUUUAGGCUGAUCUCGAGAUUGGUUUAAAAAACCCCGAUGUGCUUCGUCUUUUCAAUUCGCUUUUCUUGGUGUUUGGAUAAAGGAUGAAACACUCCAGCUCGUGUUUAAUAUAAUGUUUUUCGUCCUUUCUAAAAUUUCGAACCUGUCGUGGCAUCAUAUUUGUUUUAUAGAACAUUUUUAGUAAUCUAUGAUCGGCUUCGUUGUAAGGCAAUCCUUAUUGAUCGCGGUUACAUGCAUAGGGACUAAUUUGAACGAAAAGGAGCCAUUAUUCGGAGGCCGCAAGUAAGAGAAGCGAAAAGAGGGCUGUGUGUUUUGAAAAUAACCUACGUGUAGAAUAUAAGCGAAGCGCACUGUCUUUUCUAUCCUGUGAAUUCCCCUAAUUGUCUUAAUUUGGAUUUUAGAUUAGAGAUGCUAUAUCUGAGCGUAAAAGGAAGCGAGCAUGGUUCGUAACAGAAGCUAUGACGGCUCCUACGAACAGGAAACUCAGUGCUACAGCAGACUCUACAUAUGGUAACAGUUAUUUUGCUGCCUGCCGAGAUUUUGCUGCGCGAUGUAGCCUUCUGAGCCUUGUCGUACUGAAACAUGGUGCCUUCUAGGGGCGGUUUCUUUUUUCAUGAUCACUGCAAGUAAAACUUGAUUACUUGUAAAUCAGGAAGACUUUUUAGGCAGGGUUAAGUUGCACAGCCAUUGUCAGUCUUUUGUCUAUGUAGCUAACCUAUUCAUCAUUAAGAAAAAACAGCUUGCAAUGGCUCAGAAUGGCUUACAGUCUCUCAUGUUUAAACAUCAUCAUUACACUUAUUCACUCGCAUCAUUCCUGGUUGUGAUAUUUCAUAGGCACCAGCAGUCGAGUCAGUAGCGCAACUGGUCUCAGGCUUUUUACCCUUCAACUCUUUAAAUCGGAAAUUUGUCCCUCGCCUCAACCUUCACCAGUGAUGACCAGCACUCACAACGAGACAUCCCUUACAUCAGCCCAGGUAACCCCGGACAAACUACGAACAGGACGCGCCUUGUUAAUACGAAAGGAAGACAGG